AUGAUGUUUGUUGAAGGCGACCAGAUGGAACGCACAAACAGCGGGGAUUCUAUCAUAUCGAAGCACAACUCAUCCUCAAACUCAGUCAACGAACUUCUCACCAACAACUUUGCUUCGCCAGUCCCUGACCUCUCCUCUUUGUCAUACGUAGACUUCGAUGUAAGAACUUUUUUCCGCGAGUUCGAUCCUAUCUCGUCCGCUUGCUGGAUGACAGCUGGACUGUUUGAGAUCUUCUUCAUCCGCAUCCCUGACUUGUUGUGCGAUUUUCUGCCCUACUGCGGCUCAGUGGUAUCAGGAGCGGCGCUAUACAUCUUCGCUCAAACCCUCGCGCUCCUGUGGGGGUUCUUGGCCAUUGCCGUUGCAGUCUUAUGCACCAAGACGGUCAAUCACAUCGAGAACUGCUGGUUUGACCACCAGCUGACGAGCUCGACUUGUGCUGAGCCGGUAUGGAGGAUCCUUGUGUUUGUCUACAUCUACUACUGUGUGAUGGACAUAUUCUGGAUCCUCGCCAAGUCUCUCUUUGAAGUGGGCUGGGAGAUGUACGGGGACUUCCCAGGAGCACGCAUUCUGCUGAACCCCAAGAUCUACUUCCACGAGGUCUUCGGGGAGGAGAAGCGACAGGAACAGGAACCCAGCAAGGACGGGAGUGCGAGGGCCCUGCUAGGGAGGGUCCAGUACAAGUGUCUGCUGAUCCCGCUACUCGUGAUCUUCAUCGUGUCAGUCCUGCUCUCCGCACUUCAGAUAUGUGCUGAUGUCUUCUGCCGGGAGAAAGAGUCUCCUUGGAUCCUUGAGUUGCUCGCAAGACCCUCGUCGAGACUCUCCCGUACUCUGAGGUUCACCCUCUUCAUAGGGCUGCUGCAGUGGGCACAGACGUUCCACGCUAUCUUUCCGAGGUGGUACAGGACCUUGAACAAGCUCAGAGGCGCUGCCGUCCUCAAGUCCUUCUUCAUCUUCGUCGGAAUCCCCUCCGGCGCUCGCCUGAUGGAGUGGACCCUCCAUCCCGGCGAGCCUUCAAGGAUCUUCCCUGGCCUCUCCCACACGACCAUCGACAACAUCCUCGUCAUCGCCUGGACGGGCAUCUUCCUCUUCGCCUCCUCGGAGAUCCUGCGCCUCCCCCUCAAAGACCUCAAGGAGGCGGGCCUGCAGAAGGAGAUGUUCAAGGACUCGAAGCUCUGGUGCCGGCAGACGCUGAGGUUCAAGUUCAUGCUGGUGUCGUGCGAGGUACUUCACUUCAUCCGGGGGGUCCUGUCGGCCAGGAUGGGCUUCACCUUCUCUCAGAACGAUCUUAUCCUCAUCUCCCUCGAGUACCCCAUCCUCCUGGUCGUCAUCUGGGUCUCCGUCUACUGCUCCCUGGUCCUCUCCUACCAUGACCUCGCCCUCGUCUCCUUGACCCCCGUCCUCUCCUCUUUGGGCUCGAAGCUGCUGGGGGUCGAAGCUUGGGGCAUCGUAGUCUUUGUAACCCUCCACCUCGAAGGCUUCCUGGUGGACCGAACCGCCUCCUCCUCCAAACUCAUCCAGGGCUUCCGCAAGUCUCGUCUCCUCUUCGACUCUCAGCAGCACAGUGCCUCCGCUGCCACGGAACCGCGCAUGGCCAACGGGUACGAGAGGAAGCUGGGAGGACAGAUCGCGCACGUCUUUCUGCUCAUAGCGUUGGGCUUCUGGUGCUUCCUGGCCAUGCUAGGCAUUCUCUCUGCUAUCCAGGUCGACCAGGGCUGGUUCCCCGCAAACGCUUUCAUAGCUCUCGACAAAGUUUCCGACAACUCCACCAAGAUCUUUCACGACUUCGGUACCCUCACCCUCAGCAAGCGACUGUCUCCCGGCCCCCACGCAUCCUAUGUGGGUCUACCCGAGUACGCGAUCUGCAACAACGAGUUCUGGGGUAUGAGAGCCAUCGACUACGGGCUCCUCUCCCUCGCUGCUUACUUCGGCCCAAAGGAGCUACUCCUUAGCAGCUCCCUACAGGUCGACGCCGUCCUAUCUGCUUUCUUUCCUCAGCAGAGCUGCACCAGUCUUCAUGACAAGAAGCUCGAAGACGCGUUCGACACGUGCAGGAACUCGAAGCUUCCUCGGCACGUCGAUCAGCAUGAAGGAGUCGACCCGUCCCAGAAGUUCUGGACGGAGGUUGUCUUCGAGGAAAGAAACUUGACUGUCAUCUCCGUUCGCGGCACAGAGUUUUGGAGGCUCAGUGACUGGCUCGAGGACGUGCGCAUGUGGACCGAGCCAGCAGUCUUCACUCUCCUCUCCAACGUCUUCCCCACCAUCAACAUCUGGUCCCCGCAAGCCACCGCGAUGAGCCUUCUGAAGGCGAUCGGACUUCCAGACUCAGAGUACAAGUACAAUCGCCUCGUCCGUCACAUCCGCCAUCGAGUUCUCCCUCGAACGCCUCCGGGCCAUCAGGUAGUUCUCACCGGCCACUCCCUCGGCGGGGGAAUUGCUCAUGUAGUAGCUGCGCUGCUCAACCUGCCGGCCGUGGCCUUCAACCCUCCGGGGGUGUACAAGUCCCUUGCCAAGCACCUGCACUGGCACGGAGAGGAGAGGAGGCAGAUGCUGCAUGCUGCGCACAACCGGACGGUGACGGUGCUGGCGGAGAACGACUUCAUCGGCCGCCUCUUCGACUCGCACGCGGGGCUGGUGCAGACCAUCACAUGCAGCACCGACCAGAUGGGACCCCUGGGCUGCCACAUGAUCGAAAACGCCGUGUGCAACCUGCUCCGGCACUGCAACAACGACCCCCGAUGGCAGACUUGCUGGUACUCGUACGACAUGCAGCCGCUGAAGAAGGGACUCACUCCGUCCUUGAAGGGGCUGCGGGAGAAGCUGCAGAUGCUGGCAGAGCGAGUGAGGGAGAAGAGCAGAGCAGGGAACCUCUCAGUCAUGGUUGAGAUGCUUCUGACCCUCGUCGCCAUCCUCGCCACCAUCUCACUGAGCCUGCGGCUAGUCUUCAUGUCCGUCCUGGACGUUAAGAUAACCUCCAACCUCGACCUGCCCAAGCAGCCGCACUGA